UCCCACACUACUUUACUGCAAUUAAAUUUACUGUGUUAAUUUUUCAUUUAUAUUGCAAAAUUUUGAAAACAAAAACUUUUUAAUUUUAAUAACUUGAGAAAACUGUCUCAAUUUAAAACGACUUGUUAAAAAAAAUUUUUGAAAUAGUGAGAUUAUAUACAUAAUGAAGUUAUUAGUAUAUAAAGUUAAACUUUUAAAGAAUUAUAAAAUGGUGUGCUAUCUUGCUCAAAAACCUAAUAUAUAAAAUUUAAAUCAUAUUAAAUUUAUGCAACGCAAAUUUUUCACUGUUUUUUUCAAUCUUUGAUUGCAAUUGUCAUAACAUUGACUCAAAAUCUUGAUUUCUUUUCAAUUUAGUGUUGAUUUUGUGAAAAUCUGCAGGAAUUAGAAAAAAUGUGUUAGAUCUUCAAAUAUAUUAUACAUUUAUAUUAGUUUUUUUGAGGAUAUUAAAACUUUUUUGAGAAAAAAAUGUCGAUUCCUGAAGAAAUGGAAGGUGUGGUUUAUAAAUGGACGAACUAUUGGGGUGGGUGGCAGCCGAGAUGGCUUGUUUUAAAAAAAGGAAUUCUCUCGUAUUACAACAGCCAGGAAGAAGUAGACAUGGGAUGCAGAGCUUCCAUUAAAAUUUCAGCCGGAGAUAUUAUACCCUACCCAAACGACAAUACAAGAUUUGAUGUGGUAGUACAUAACGAACAGAGAUGGUAUCUUAAAACUAGUAACCCAGCCGAGCGACAAGCAUGGCUGAUUGAAUUAGGCACUGCUAAAGCAGGCAGGGGGGAUGGGAGAGAAAAUUUAGAAAAACAAUCCCGUGAAGCCCAUGAUGAGCUGCGCACGUGCAUGAGCGAAGUUCGAUUAUUUUGUGAUCUCCUUGUACAACAAGCUGUUGUUUUAAAAGAGGAAUCUCAAAAAGAUUCCCCAAAUGCAGAAAAACUGACCGAUUCUAGCGUGUUACUUUCUACGAGCUGCGACACAUUUCUUGCCAGUUUAGGUCGUUGUAUAUCGAUUUCAGAAGCCACGUUUAAAAUCCCGACACCCCCUGGCCACAUGCUUAUGACUAUGCGAUCGCAAUCGUUGGAUGGGAAAGGGACUUUACCGCGACUUAAUUUGAACAAAACUAGAAAAAAGCGGCAAUCUCGGAGCGUGGGUCCUACGACCCCUAUUAGCCCCUCACCCAUUAGGGAAAUCCCCCUGAACAACAAUAAUAAAGGUUUUAACUCCGAUUUAUCCUCGUUGACCAGUAGUAACCCCUCACCAACCCAGAGUGACCCCACUUUGACCUCUAGUGACCCCUACACGACACAAAAUAACCCUGUUACCCCUAAUUUGAGGGGAAACCCCCACCAAAAACUUAAAAACCCCAGAACCUAUCCCAAAUCAAAGGGUGGUUACCCCAACCCCUCUGGGACCCCAUUAGGGAUCAGGGAAACCCCCCAUCACCCAAACGAAGAUGAACCUCUGACAUUUUUUUCUGCAAUGUUACACAGUUUUUCGGACAUUACUUUAUUACAAGAUGGGGGAAUCGACUCUAUUUCAUUUCUCCUAUCGUGCGAGGGAAUUAUUCCGUUUCUUGAUACGAUAGGUUCGACUGCAUUUGCUCCAGUCAAAAUUGAUUUUAUGGGAAAUAUACGGAAACUCCGAACUAAGCAAUCUUCUGACCCCGAGCACUUUACAACCCUUCAAGACAUUUUACACCAAGAAAUAAUCACUUCUACGUCAAAAGUCCGGAACUCAGCUACUGACGCCCUCAUGUGGCUGAAACGAGGGCUUAGAUUCGUCCAAAAUUUUCUCGUCAUUUUUAAAGAUGGAGAACAAGAUUUGACAGCUGCUUUGAACAAAUCGUAUGCUGCUACUUUGAAGCCUUACCAUGGUUGGGUAGUAAAAGGGAUUUUUGCGCUUGCUGUUAAAGCAGCUCCUUACCCGAAAGAUUUUAUUCGAGCUUUGGCAACUGUACCUGAUAAUGUAGAUGACCCACAAUUUUUACCCAUCUUACUACGAGACAUAGACCAAUACACGACAGCUAUGGACGUAGUUCUAAACAUAUUGGACAAUUACUAUCAAACUCAUAAGUUGGAGUCCUACACAGUAGUUUGAAAAACUCUAGAAAAUUCCAUUUUUGUAUUGCCGCCCCAAAACAGGGUUUCAAAAUUUUUUUAUUUUUUGUCUAAAAUCUGGAAAAACUGCGUUUUUUUAAAAGAGAAUUAUGUAAAAAAUAGUUGCGCAAAAUGUGUUGAAAAAGUUAUGAGUUUUUUGGCUACUUUCGUUCUGAUUUUUUAUAGGACACUUCAAAUUAAAUAUACUAUAUUAAUCAUAGUUUCAAUUAAGAGCAAGUUUUAAAAAAAGUCUAAAAAAAGUGACCUAAAACUGUUAAACCCAUUUUUACCCAUUAUUGUUUUGCUAAAAAAGUAUCAUCUGUGGUAUAAGGCUACAUUUUUCUGUCUAAAAUAUGCAUUACACAAAUAUUAUGUCUAAGUUUUUGGUUGAAAAUUUGUUUGUUUUUUUUGAAUUUUUCCCAUAAAGUUGUAUUUAAAACCUUUUUUGGGGAAAAAUGUUUCAACUAAGUUGCUGGAAGUUUACACUGUUUAUUAUUUUUCAUUUUUUAAAGUUCUAUAUCAAUAUAUUUAAAUGGAUAUUUAUUGUUUUUGGACCAAAUUUUAUGUCACACAUUAAAAAAAUGCAUUUUUUUUAUUUUUUGAGCCUAUAUAGUAGGGUGGGGGAAGAUGGGACACCUCUAGCACAUAAAAAGGAAUACAAUUUUAUAGUUCAUUGAAUGUUUUUUGUUUACUACCAAUUGGGACGAGAAAAUGGAUUAAAUAGGUGUUCCAUCUUCCCCACCCUACUAUACAAAAUGUAGCUGUCUAUCAGAAAACUUUUUUUGUGGUUUUUGCGUUUUUUCAUUCUCUCGUUUUUCCUUUCUCGUUUCUUGCUCUACGAUAGAGAGAACGUAAGAAAAAGGCAAUAGAUUUUUUCUGCUAUUGGUCUUCAUAUACUCUCUAACACAUUUUCAUAUAUCGUGGAAAAAAGCUGUUUUUUUUGCUUUGCACUUUUUAGUAGCGCUGUGCAAUGGUAGUAUUUCAUGUAAAAUAAACGUAUUAUUUAAGGCUGUUA